CCCGGAAGUGUUAUGAACUCUAGGCAUGCUAUUAGAUAUAUAAGCCAAAUAUUCGUGCGAAUGAGCUCAUGUCAAACACCAGCCUUGAAAGAAAUACAGGCAUGGACUCGCUGGCGCUGCUUGUGAGCUUGCUCCUCCUGAACUACAUAGGAUGUGACAGCAAAGACACCAGGCCGAAAACGGGUGACUCUGAGGACGAGAUGCUGGCAGCCAUGUCCAGUCAGCACUGGAGUAUCUAUAAUCGACCUGCUUUCCGAUCCGCAUUCGCCAAGUAUAUACAAAUAUACAAUGGAACAGGGGGAAACAUGAUGGAUGUAGACAAGAGACCAACUUGCAAAGAUGCAAGACGCAACUUCACCCGAGAAGCAGGAAACCUCUGCCCUGCUUUCUACAAGCUCCAGGUGGAUGAAACCCGAUGGCCCAAGAGCAUGUACCAAGCCGAAUGUGUCUGCAGGAAAUGCAUGUACGGUGGUCGUCUAAAUGGAAAGAAACGCCGCUCGAAAAGAAAGUUCCGAUGCGAGAAGGUGUAUACCUACGCCAUUGUUUUUCGGCAAAAAUGCAAGGAGAAUGAUUGCGCUUACCAACUCUUCCUCGAGGCCGUAGCAGUUGCUUGCAGUUGCAAUAUGAUAACUCCGUAACAGCGCCCCCUACUUCCAUGUGAUGUCGCGGCAGUAGAAUGAACACUGCUAGGAAAUCAAAGAGAUAAUUCAACCUUGUUAGAGUUUUAAGACCUUUUUCUUUUUCUUAUGUUUCACGAAAUGUUGUUUGGUUUCGACAGGGUAUAUGAUUAUGUUUCAUUUCAUGGGACAAUAAAUGUAGGAUAAAAAUAUGGAGGAAAUGUACCUCAUAAACGGUCGCCAAUGUGUAGUUUCUUUGUGGGUGGAUUUGACUGGAGGUGACAAGCUAUAACGGCAGCAGCCAGAUGAUUUUACAUAAAGGACUCUUAAUGCAACAGACGCAGUACUACAGGCCUCAGUUGUUAUUUUCUUGAGGGUUCCAUUAAACAAAGCGAUCUCAUUGUUAGGAUAAUCGUAACAUAGUUUUACGAAACUACAGUUAGUCAUAACUGGAUAUAUUCCUGGCAGGUUGAUCUUUUGUCCGUCGCUGACGCAUAUCACAUGCACCCUGACGACUCCGGACAGUCCGUGGCCCCGUGAGACCGACCUACUUGCGAUCACACGGCUCGGGUGAAUACCCAAGUUAGAGAACAGACCUUCUUUUCCUGUGUGUGCUUUCCAUGUACUUUUAUAAUUAUCUGUUUGCAGUAUAUCGUUUGCAGUUUCAACAAAAUCAGUAAACGUGUUAUCGUGUCACUGGAUUGUUUGGUUCAUCACUUAAAUGUCUGGUCAAAACUAUGACUACGCCUGCACGGCAUUCCACUCCCUGCAUGUAAUCGUUGUGUUUAACACCGAGCGUAUUUGUGAAUAUUCAUAUUUUGAUAAUAAAUUGAGCGUUUUCGUGAAUGACAAUGACAUGCUGAUUUGCAGAAUGUGCAGAUUGUUUUUAUCCGGUUAUCUUUCUUUACACAUAACUGUAAAACGUAAAAUAUAAUACCAAAUUCUCGCUGAAUUUCUUAUGACUACUUUGAAAUCAAAUGGUACAGAGAAAAUUUAGUCCAAAUAAUUCUGGAAAAACACGACACGGAAUUUCUACUCCAUAACAGGUAUAUCAUUGUCAUCAACCUUUAGAAAGUGUAAUGAAAGUUAUCAGAUGUAUUCAUAUGAAUAGAUUGUAUACGUUGUUCGUUUCGUCACAAUCCUGUUUGGACCUAUGAGGCUAAAAGUAAACUUUGUCUAAAAAUGGAUUUACGAAAUUCCGAAACUUUCAUCACAGUAUUCUAUUUUGGGCAUACCAUCAUGUGUAGUGAUAUGUUACCCCAUUGUGCUAUUUGUUACGCUGUACUGUAUUCUUACAUAUGUAAUAUGUCCCUGUUUGUGCAAUGUUUGUGUGUCUUCUCCAAUAAACAAAAUGCU